GGCCGAAGCUUUUUUUCUUCUUCCCCCUCCAUUCCUUCCACCCGACAAAUAUGUCCACAAACCCAACGCCGGCGCCCCCACCGCCCGACAUCAAAACCGACCUUGCGCUGCUAAACACCCUCCAUGCCCGUAACAAGAACCAGCACCGCUCUUCGAAAUGGUAUAAAUGGUUCUCGAUACUCCGGAGGAAUCUCAAAAAGUUGGUUGCUGGAGAUCAACUUGAGGCACGGAAGAGGUUUGUGAGGAGGGCCGUUGUGCCGAGGUGUUUUAUGUAAGCCAUGCCAUUCCUCUACCGGGAAGUAUGGGGAGGGGCUGAUGGAAUGAACGAUGUGUUUUAGCGCAUUUUCGACAGUUAUUGCGAAUAACCGGUAUGUGUCGUUGGGACUCGUUCUCAUGGGGGUUUUGGCGGGGGUAAACAGAUUUGUCGGGGAGGAGCCGGUGAAAGUGGUGAAGGAAAGGGCGGCGGUGAGGGAGGAGACGGAAGUGGAGAAGAGGUGGGAUGAGUAUGCGGUGAGCUUGGAGGAUUUUGGGGAGGCGGUGAUACGCGACAGUGUGGAAGUCGAUGUGGGAGAAACGAUCAGACAGGCCGAGGGAGGAAGGGUGGUCCGGGAUGAGGGUACCGUUUCUCCAGUUUCUCGAGCGAUCAAGGAAGACAAUGCUACAGCGGAAUUUGAUGAAGCUGUCACGCUUAGCACUACAGAGUCUGAGAGAGCCAUUAUCACGGCAAUAGUGGGGAAGCCGUUAAAGAAGAAAAGGAAACGGAUUAUCGAAGACCUGUCGUCGCCCCGGGAAGAGAGCCCAUCGUUGCUAGCGCAGCCGCAGCCCGUACCUGUCUCGGUGCCACUAUCAGGAUCUAUAUCUCCGGAGCCAGAGCUCGGGAGGAGCAAAAAGGACGAUGCGGAACCUAGGAGGAAGAAAGGGAAGCGGAAGAAGAGGGAUGAGAUUGAUGAUUUGUUUGCAGGUUUAUGAUUCGAGGUGGGGGGGAUAAAUGUUAUAAUAAUGACGAUAUUGAUAACAAUUAUACGAAUUCCCAGGUUCCCAGAGAUUGCGAUUCCCCACAGCCCUAUUUAUUUACCUUAUAAAUGUGCUACUAUCCACGACAGUGUAGAGUGCCGCAGACCGUUUUUAUAUCCAAUUCCCGGGCGCUUGAGAACAAUACUGAGUUUAUCGGCCGGGCCGUCUAACGAAGAAGGGAUGAGGAAAUAUGAU